ACCACCAAACCAGUCUCCCCCACCUCACCCUCCCUUCACUCUCUCGUUAACCACAAAAAAUUGGAGCUUCAACGAACACAAACAGAAACAAUGGAGCCAAAAGAGAACGGGAACCAAUCUGAUCAUGUCAUCGAAGGACCCACCAAUCCCAUGGUCACACCUCUCCUCAACGAUCUCUACCAAUUCACCAUGGCUUACGCUUACUGGAAAGCUAACAAACAAAACGAACGAUCCGUCUUCGAUCUGUAUUUUCGUAAGAAUCCAUUUGGUGGUGAGUACACUGUGUUCGCUGGGUUAGAUGAGUGUAUCAAGUUCCUCGCUAAUUUCAAAUUGACCAAUCAAGAGAUCGAUUAUGUUCGUGACUCCUUGCCUGGAUCUGAGGAAGCUUUUUGUGAUUAUUUGAGAGGGCUUGAUUGUUCUGAUGUUGAAGUCUAUGCGAUUCCUGAAGGGUCUGUUGUUUUCCCUAAGGUGCCUCUCAUGAGAGUUGAAGGACCUGUUGGUGUUGUUCAAUUGUUGGAAACUCCAUUCCUCAAUCUUGUCAAUUUUGCAUCUUUGGUAGCUACUAACGCAGCAAGACACCGGUUUGUUGCCGGAAAGUCUAAGAGUCUGCUUGAGUUUGGUGCUAGGAGAGCUCAGGGACCAGAUGGCGCAAUAAGCGCAUCAAAAUAUUGCUACCUUGGAGGUUUUGAUGCAACAAGCAAUGUGGCAGCUGGAAAACUUUUUGGGAUACCUCUACGUGGAACACACUCUCAUGCUUUUGUUAGCUCAUUUAUGAGCACUGAUGAGAUUGUUGACAAAGUACUUCACAGUGCUGAUGGGGAAACCACAUGUGAGGAUUUUGUUAGUCUGGUUCAGACAUGGUUAACUAAGAUUCAGUAUUUACCUUCUCUACGUGGCUUUUUCUCUGAGACAAAUCAAAGCGAGCUAGCAGCUUUCAUCUCAUAUGCACUGGCAUUCCCCAAAGCCUUUCUUGCCCUUGUAGAUACAUACGAUGUGAUGAAGAGUGGGAUCCCUAACUUCUGUGCAGUUGCUUUGGCACUGAAUGACUUAGGAUACAAAGCAUUAGGUAUUAGACUGGACUCGGGUGACUUAGCAUAUCUAUCAACAGAGACCAGAAAAUUCUUCUGCACAGUGGAGAACGAACUAAAAGUACCCGGUUUUGGGAAGAUGGUCGUCACAGCUAGUAAUGAUCUAAAUGAAGAGACGAUCGAUGCUUUAAACAAACAAGGACAUGAAGUGGAUGCUUUUGGUAUUGGCACUUAUCUAGUUACUUGCUAUGCGCAAGCUGCCUUAGGUUGCGUUUUCAAACUUGUGGAGAUAAACAAUCAGCCUCGGAUCAAACUUUCUGAAGAUGUUACAAAGGUAUCAAUACCAUGCAAAAAGCGAAGUUACAGAUUGUAUGGAAAAGAAGGUUACCCUCUGGUGGAUAUAAUGACAGGAGAGAAUGAGCCACCUCCAAAGGUUGGUGAGCGUUUACUGUGUCGUCAUCCUUUUAAUGAAUCCAAAAGAGCAUAUGUAGUGCCACAACGUGUUGAAGAACUCCUCAAAUGUUACUGGCGUGGAAGUGCUGAUGAAGCACGAGAAGAAUUACCACCACUGAAAGACAUAAGAGACCGUUGCAUCAAACAGCUUGAAAACAUGCGAUCUGAUCAUAUGAGAAGAUUAAACCCAACUCCUUACAAGGUUAGUGUCAGCGCGAAGCUGUAUGAUUUCAUUCACUUCCUAUGGCUCAACGAGGCACCUGUUGGUGAGUUGCAGUGAUGACUAAAAAGAAGAAGAUAAUUGCAGUGGCGACCAAAAAGAAGAUAAUCUUGUUCUGGUUGGAGUAAUGUAUAUAUCAUAUACCACAUCAUUAAUACUUGCAAUAAGAG